UCUCUCAGUAUAUGAAAAGCAACACCCACUAACCCAUUUAGUGAUCUGGAUUCUGGAGUCUGGACCUUCACAUCCUUUUCUUUACUUUUUUUUUCAUCUUUUGUCAGAUAACUGUUCUAUAUUUCUAUCUAUUCCUAUGUACCACUCAACAUCUGAAAUUUUAUAUAUUGCUCAAUUCCUUCCGUAAAGAUUAUUAUUUAUUAGAGACAACGUAACACAGCUUCAAAACGACAAUUAUUCCCCCCCUCAUCGGUUACACCAAAAGAAAGUCAUCUAUAUUUUUGUACACAACAUGAAAGAUUCUCAAUAACACUUUUUUUUUUAAGCAAGCGGGAUGAUCGAACAACUCGAAUUUGGAUAUCAUCAAGUGAGUAUAUGUCUUAAUUAUGUUGACUGAGGAGUUAUUGACAAUUCCCAACAACACCCACAAACAUACACUAGUUUAGAACCAUUGCACUCUCAUAGCUAUAGGUUGAACGACUCGGGUGAUAAUACUUUAUUUGCCGUUGAUUCCUAUACAAAUCCGUUAAUGAGUAUAUAUAUAUAACCUUACAUACACUAGAACACCAAUGCAACUAUACAAGAGUUCUCUCAAAUAGUCAAGAUAAACCAACUCCUCUCUCCCUCAUCGAUCAUGUUUCUAAAAGACAACUAAAAUCCAACCCCAUGAUCCUCUUUUAAAAACACAAGCACCCCCUCGUAUCUAUCUCUUCAAACCCUUCCAUUCACAACCAAUAUUCUUACCCAAAGUCUAUUGAUGUGGGGUAAAAUGGAUACCUUAUUUAGAUUAGUUGGUCUUCAACAACAACAGCAGCAACAAUCUGAUCAAUUGUCUUUCAAUAAUUCAACCAGCAGGACCUCUAGCAGCUCUAGAUCCUCAAGACAAUACCAUAACCACCACAUUCAAGAAGACCCAGAAUGCUUCAACCCUUUCAUGGAUGAUGAAGACUUCUCCUCGUCUUCUUCUAAACACUACAACCUCUAUCCUUAUCAUCACCACCAAUCCACCCCCACCACCACAAGCACUCCCUCUCACUCUCAUCAUUCUCACCACUCACACCAUGCCUUUGAAUCCUCCACCACCACCACCACACCUGACCCACAAUUCUCCUUCGAUUUCUCCUGCAAGUGGGCUUCCCAUAUCCUUCUGGAAACCGCAAGAGCAAUCGCGGAAAAGGAUAGCAUCAAACUCCAACAACUCAUGUGGAUGCUCAACGAACUAAGCUCUCCUUACGGCGACACCGAACAAAAACUCGCCUCCUACUUCCUCCAAGCCUUGUUCAGUCGCAUGACCGACUCCGGCCUCCGAUGCUACGACACCUUGUCCUCUGCCUCCGAAAAAAUCUCCUCCUUCGAAUCAACAAGGAAGACUCUACUCAAAUUCCAAGAGCUAAGCCCUUGGAUUACAUUCGGUCACGUAGCAUCCAACGGCGCAAUCAUCGAAUCAUUCGAAGGAGAAACCAAGCUCCACAUAAUCGAUAUCAGUAACACAUGCUGCACUCAAUGGCCUACUCUGCUCGAAUCCCUAGCGACUCGUUCCGACGAAACCCCACAUUUGAGGCUAACAACCGUCGUCGUUACCAAAAAAGAGGCCGUUUUGGGAUCUGGUAAAGUAAUGGUGGAGAUCGGGAGGAGAAUGGAGAAAUUCGCGAGGCUUAUGGGGGUUCCUUUCGAGUUCAAUGUUGUAAAUCAUAUUGGGGAUUUGUCUGAUUUGAAUUUUAGGGAUUUGGAUGUUAGGGAUGAUGAAGCCCUAGCGAUUAAUAUUGUGGGGACACUGCAUUCAAUCACGCCCGUUGAUGAUAGACGAGAUUACGUGAUAUCGAAUUUUAGGAGAUUGAAUCCGAGGAUCAUGACCGUUGUUGAAGAGGAGGCUGAUCUUGACGUGGGUGAUGAAGGCUUGGAUUUCGUUCAUGGGUUUCAGGAAUGUUUGAGAUUUUUUAGGAUUUAUUUUGAGUCGUUGGAUGAGAGUUUUCCUCGGGCAAAUAAUGAACGGUUGAUGCUUGAAAGAGGUGCGGGGAGGGCGAUCGUUGACUUGCUGGCGGGUCAACCGUCUGAUUCGAUCGAACGGCGAGAGUGCGCCACGAGCUGGACGAGGAGGUUGCAUGGACGGGGAGGUGGGUUUAGUCCUGUGGCGUAUAGUGAUGAGGUUUGUGAUGAUGUACGCGCCUUGUUGAGAAGGUAUAAGGAGGGUUGUUGGUCAAUGACACCGUCAACGACCGAUACGGCCGGAAUAUUCUUGUCGUGGAAGGACCAACCGGUGGUUUGGGCCAGUGCAUGGAGACCUUGAUGUGGUGAUUAGCACGUGUGGUUUGUUUUUUUUUUUUUUACUUGCAUGGAGGGAAGGAUGAAGCAUGGAUGACAAGGAAAAAGAGUAGCUUGGUUUUGAAUAGGUGAUGAAGUAAAUUGAUUUUCAUUAUUAUUUUCGUUAAUCGUUCUUAAUUAUUACCACUUUGUGAGUGUUUUUGAUAUUGUGGAAAAUUGAAUGAAUAGAUCAACAUUCAAUUCCCAUCAUGUUAAUGGAUACAUGAUCUUUUU